UAUAACAAUCUAUUCCAGUUGGUGUAAGCUAUGUCUGAGCCCGUAAAGAGACCAACUGCUGGAGAAACAGAGGAGGAUCUGUUAAAACUGCAAGCACAAUUCAUGAAGAAAAAACAAGGUCAAAUUAAAAAAGAUGUGGUGGACGUUGACCAAGGAAUGAUGGACUCUGAACCAGGCCUGGUCAAUCGAAAAAGGAAAAUAAGCAAAGAGCCCUACUCAGAUGAUAGCGAUGUGUAUAAAACCCUAGAUGAACAUGAUACUGAUUUGGAAUCCAUCCUGACUAAUAUAUGUGAGCUCGAUGUACGUGCUCACAGCAUCACCACUCCCUCUGCUACCGAACAUGGAUUUCCUUGUGUCAAGGACCAUCAAAUAACUAAUGAUUCCAAGAUGGCAAGUGGUGGUAAAAAGAAGAGCCUGUUCGCCAUGCAGUUUGAUAAGAAACACAACUAUGUACCAAGAGAAAGGAAGCCUGAGAGCGCAAAGCCUAGACAUAUUGGGGAAUGUAGUUCGUUUUUGGAAAAUGUGUUACCAGCAGAGCGCAUGGCCAUAGAGGAACAAACUAAUAAAAUAUUCAACAAAAUGAGUGAAGUUGAAAAGCAGCGGGAAGCAGAGAAAAUAUUUAAAAACAUGGACCCAAAGUUAGUAGAAUUUCUUAAAAAGCGGAAAAGAGAAGCACAAGAGAAGAAAGAAGCUGAAAAAAGAGAGAAGGCAUCUAAAAUCUCUGAACAGAUUGCUGCAGAUGCAAUGGAUGCUACAGAUACUGGUUUUAAUUCACAAUGCUCUAGUGAUAAUGAUUUUCUGAACCCUAGCAAACAGAAGGUGGUUAUAGAGGGGAAGGAGGUAGAGAUUCCCUUGUAUGUCAGUCCAGGACACCGAACUAACAUGGGCACUCUUGAAGCUGAAAAACUACAGUGGAUGAGUGACAUUCCUCAAACUAAACCUGUCACGGCGAUGGAGAAAGACAAGGAGGACACACAGAAAGAUAAGGAAGACACACAAGUAAGAUUUGACUUUGACGGCAAGAUUGUGCCUCGAGGAACUGACAUACAUCUUGAUAAAGGUCUACACCACCAUGGGGAGGAGCCAUCUCAAGCUGGUUACACACUGGACGAGCUCUUCAUCCUAUCACGUAGCGUGGUGUUGAGACAGAGACAGAUAGCAAUGGAGACCCUGGUUCACAUUACACAAAGAGCAAGACACGCUCUGUAUACCGGCUACGUGAAACAGCCUAUGUUACAGCUUCUUCUUGAUUCUGGUAUUGUACAAUUGUACAGACAUGCUAUAGACACCACUGAUUACGAGUUAGCGCUCCAGGGCUUGUCUGCUCUCCUCCUCUCCCCUACUGAGAUAUUCAUACAGGACGAAGUGUUCCCAGAUCUGAGUAUCUACACGUUACAGCCAGAUACUCCCAUCACAAAAGACAUGGACCACGAUACGGUACUUGCGAAUGACGUUGUGAGACUCCUUGUAGAUAGCCAGUUACCACAAAGAUUCUGGUACCUGUUAUCAAAGCACGAGUUGACCAACACACUGGUCAACAAUAUUCUCAACGUUGUUCAACAUGUCGCCCAGCAUUCUCUUCAUGUUUCUAUGGUGUUCAUGAAGCACGGUACACUGCUAGAUAAGUUAGUGGAACUAUUCCUCCCCACUGACCUGACACACACACUAACAUGUACUGCUGACAACUGUUCUGCUCUACAUCCCUCCCACAUUGUUGUGAAGAUCAUACGAAUGCUGAGUAGUCACAGCAAGAUUGUGGCAGAGGAUCUGUUAAACGAGUACUCGCUGGACAAUCUGAUAAAGAUGUACAUUUCACUAAAUCACAAGCAGUUCAAGGGAGAUGAGAUGUUGAAGUGCCAGAUAGAAGUGAGCAGACUGUGGGAGGUGAUGUUGAGUUGGGGACUGUGUGCUGGUGUCUACUCUGCUAUUUACCCUCUUCUUGUCAGAGAGUUAUCUGGAGGAGGACAGAGAUCAGUGAAGCUGACUUCCUCUCUAAUAGGAGCUCUUACAACCGGCCUACCUGUCUUCCCCUGGCAGGAUAUGGGGUCUGUGUACCAUCCUGUCCUCAACAACAUCCUCUCCUGGGCUAACUCUCCUCCUUCCGGCAAUGAGCUCCCCCCUAAAGAUGACCUUGUUCUGAUAACAUCAAUACUGAAGUUCCUCACGUGUUUUGUGAAACUACAUCACUCAAAACACUACGAUGUCCAUCUUGUCGACCAGGUUACAGAUAUAGUUGACAGGAUUGUCAGACCUCUUGUAGUUGGAACCAUGUUCGACAAUGCUCUGGAUUUCAUGAUAUACUGCAAGGCUUUUCUGCCAAAACAUAGUUUGAAGAUCGCAAAUCUCCCGACCUUAGAACUACACGAAUAUCACAAAACCAGCUCGGUCACCCUGGAUCUGCGAGCACUUUCUCCCUCUGGAGAGCAACUCCUCCUCUUCUACUCCUGCGCGCACUUCAUCCGUCAAACCUGCAACUUCCUCUCCUGCGCAUUCAACGUCAACAAGCAGCUGUCCGAGAUCAUUACAGGCUUCCUCGAGAAGUGUAACAAGCCAGUGCUAUCUGAUCUGAACAGACACAUAGUUAACACCAAGCAGGGAUACCCCGCCAGUAAUAUCCCGGAUCUUAUCCUUCACGGUCUGACCAUGCUCCAACACGACUACAUAACCCUCGCUCACAAGGUGGUUAAGAAAGGUGGUAAGUCUUCAGAGCAGCAGUGUGAGCUGAUGUUGGAUACGGGGAUUAAGGUGGUGUCGGUGUUGAGGCCAGGGUACGAGUACCAGCAGUUCAGUUUGAUAAGUAGUGUGUUGUUUGAUAGUAGUGUGAGUAGAUGUUGUGCUUCACUCAGUCAGCUGUUUAUUAAGAAUUUUGAGAAUGUGGUCACUAGGAAUAAGCUGAUGAAAUCACAGAAAUAUUGGACCAAGCCGUUGGAGUCGACAGAGAGAUCCCUUUAUCUUGGUAAAGUAGUUGAAGAGCCAAAACUCACUGCAGCGUGGGUGUUCUUGUCAGAUGAUGUCCUUGCCUCACUUCCGGAACCUGUCAUGGUGCAAUAUCUCGAAUUCCUGGAAUAUUUGAUAUCUUCUAAAGGGCUCUUAUCUGGUGCUCCCAUAUGUGUGCAGCUAAUCUAUGUUAUGAAGAUCUUGAUGCUGCCAUCUCAGCCGUUCCUUGACUCGAAAAUAUCAGAUGUUCUGAGAAAGCUGUUAGAUUACUUCAUGAACAUUUCCUACAUUGAUUUCAGAGAAUCUAAACUAUCUGGAUACCCUUCAUUUGGGGACUUUUUCAACACGUUCUGUGGAAUAUACGAAGCAGAUGGGUUCUGUGAUCCAGUGUUUGCUGGGUAUGUGCUGCUUCCAACACGAUGCGACUACGCACUCACCUACAGACGACUUAUAUGGGUGGAGCGUAUUGAAACUCUCAGGCUCCUACGUAAAGCUCCUAUUCAGGUUUCCAAGACCCUCGCCGCAAUUGAAACGGAUGCGGAUAUGAUGACGAUAUAUGUAACAGCGUUGAAAAAUGGGAUUUCAGGUAUUCCAAGGAUGGUUGCAAUGCAUCAUUUGGUUCGUUUUUUGGUCGAUGAAAGGGUUAAGAAGGAGAAGGACCUACUAAACUUGAUUCUUCGGUAUUUGUCCUUAUGUUCUGAUGAUGUCAAAGAAGAAAUCCUUAAGUUUCAUAGAGUUAAUGAAUUCAAUGAAAUUGUUUUUCAUGAGAAAGUUCCUGCUGGUCGAAGAGAAAUCAUGCAUCUAUGACGAAAUAUGACAUGUUUUAUGGAGUCAUUUGCUUUUUUUGUAUCCAAAAUCCAAAUAGACUAUUCUUUCAAGAGAUUUUUACCGAAAUUUUACCGUUCAAUGUAAUUUAUUAAUUUUAAUUCGUUAUAAUUCGUUCUUAUUCUGAUUUAAACUACCGAAAAAUUUUUUACAGACGUCAUGGCUUACUUCAAGUUCAUGCCUUUAGCGUUUCUUUCACGAAAAAUCUAAUAUUGUCAUGAUUUUUUAGCAAAUACUGACUUUAUGCUCGAUUGAUAUUGUUCUUUUAAUAAUUUGCUCCUGACUUUGUUUCACAU